AUGGAGGUCGACAAGGUCUCCUUCUACCCGCUUUUGCUGGACAUUCUCACCGACAUCUCUGAAGCGCACUUCGUGGCCUUCGACCUGGAGCUUUCCGGCGUCCCAACCAAGCAAGCUAGGAGCGGCAAGGACGGAAAGCCCACCCUUCAGGAGCGCUACCUCGAGACCAAGGCAGCAGCGGAGCGCUACCAGAUUCUUCAGAUCGGCCUCACCUGUGUUGAGCAAGACAUCGAGAACCAGAAGUAUGUGCUAAAGCCUUACAACUUCGAGCUGAGCCCGCUCAUCGAGGAGUCUCGCCUUGACAUCGAGCGCAUCUUCUCCUUCCAGUCUGGCGCUGCGGAGUUCUUGCUUAAGACCGGCUUCAAUCUAAGCGUGCCGUUCGAGCGUGGCGUGCCUUACCUUUCCCGUCUGGAGACCACAGAGGCCCGUGAGAAGUAUGCGAAGCGACAGGACAGGUCCGCCAUCCCAGACUUGCAGAUCAAGCCAACUGAGACCGAGUCCCUGGCAUUCCUCGAGCGCGUCCGCACCGAAAUCAACAAGUGGCGCGACUCCCGUGACUUCGAUGCUCUCAAUUACAUCAACAUCAGCGCAGUCGAUUUGAGUGAGCUUACGGAGGACGACGUCGUUCCGGAGCUCUCUCGCUACGAGAAGCGCCUCGUUCACCAACUCGUCCGUGCCGAGUAUCCCGAGCUCAUCUCUAUCGGCAAGAGAAGCGUCGUGCAGAUCAUUCCUCUUGACCCCGAACACGAAGCCAGAAUCGCCGAAGGUCGCAAGCGCGAUGUCGAGGAGCGCAUUAACCGUCAGAAGGGCUUCCGCUGGAUCAUCGAAGCUCUUCAUGGCUCCGAGAUCACCGACAUCGACCUGCGUGAGUGCGCACGCGAUCCCGUUACCGGCGAGGCGGUCUUCGCGGACAUGGAUGCAUACAAAGCACAGUUCCAUCGCGCACAGAAUCUCAUGCGCAACAACCCAAAGAUCAUGGUCGGUCACAACUGCUUUCUAGAUCUCGUCUACAUCUACCGCACGUUCGUAGGCGAGCUUCCAGACACGGUCGAGGGGUUCCAGGAGCUGCUGCACGCCUACUGGCCUACCAUCAUCGACACCAAGUACAUGUCGACCCACAACUGUGGCGACAUCAACCCUGUCAGUGCGCUCGACCAGAUCGCAGCCCAACUCAGCGAGCAACCACUCCCGACCCUCGAAAUCGACCCGGAGCAUAAGAAGUACAAGGAGGAAGGUGCUCUACACGAAGCUGGGUUCGACAGCUUUCUCACAGCGCAGAUCGCCGUCCGCCUCUCCUCGAAGCUCGAGAAGGAUGGCUCUUACGUCGACUUGGGACCUGUUACUCCGACGAUGAACGGCACCCUACUCGAUGGCGACAUGACUCCCACAAUGUCCAGCCUCUCGCUCACAUCAAGCAGCACUGAGGACGACAGCGAGCCCGCUGAGUUGCCGGAAAUCCCUUUCGUACCUUCGGUCCAAGGCGGCAAGUGGAAGCGUCGCGGUGACCCAUCGCUUGGACCCCAGGAUCCCAACGAUCCGUUCGCUGCCGACCCGCGCGAUCUGAAGCACCGCCACAUCGACCCGGAGGCCACUAGGAAGGGGAGGGUGUUCGAAGGUGGGAUGCCUGGGUGGGGAAGCGACUUCUGGCGCGUCUACGGCAACCGUCUGAGGGUGUUCGGGACUGAGGAGGCGAUGUGCGUUUUGGAUGGUUCGGGUGGGCUUGCUGAUGGCGAGGAUGGUGUUGAUGGUGGGGUGGGGAUCUGA